AUGCAGGCGGCGGGCGUCGUUGCAGCCCUGGCGGCCUUGCUCGCAGGGAACGGCACCUCGGUGCUCGACUGUGUCUGCUCCCGCACCACCGCCGUCGCUCGAUCUGGCGGCAUCCUGGACCUCAGCGACGGUGAAAUUGAGACGUGGUGGGACUACUGUCUGCGUUCUGAUCGGCUGCCGGAGUUCGUGUCGUGCGGCGCCCUGGAGCAGCAGCCCGCGGCGUGGUCGGCUGUGGUCCGCACGGCAGACGCCAUCAGCGGCUACGGACUGGCGCCGCCUGCGGGUGCGGGGGAGGAGGGGGAGGUGUGCGCCGACGCGCUGGCAGAGCUCCGCCGCCUCACGCGGAACGAGUCCUUGCAACUCGUCGGGGAGCUCAUCUGCCGCAUGGCCGACGACUGCAUCAACUCCUGCUCUGUACCGAGGUUGGACAACAUGGCAUGGAACACGACGACGCUGCAGGCAGACGGCCUGAGGCACCACGCCCUGUCCCAGACGUGGCACGCCGUUCGGCGCAUCACCAGAGCCAUGGUCGGCAGAAAAAGCUGUGAGAUCAACUACGGACCUACUUACGAGUGGAAGGACUUGAACAAAACUGGGCUGCAGGCCCAGGCGGCGCUCUACCGGGAACGCCUCUCCAACUACUGGCGGGACCUGUCGCAGCUGCUGUCGCUCAGCGCGACGCACUUCUCACAGCUGUUCGUUCCCCUCGCAUUCGAACAUAUGGGUAACCGCACGAGUGAUCAGCAACUCCACGGGUGGAUUAAGGACGUGCAACGUGUGAAGGGCAUGCUGCACACGAAACUAACCGGAUUGGUACACGACAUGCAAUACGCCAGCAAAGAGAUAGGGCAUUUCGAAGUGGAAGAAGACAAGGAGAAGCCGGGCCGCUUGAUACUCAGGCGGCCGCUGUUGAGUGAACAACUACUGCACCAUCAGCCGUGGAACGUCUCCUUCCACGACGACUUCAGUGCGCUGUGCGAGCAGCGGCAGCCGGAGGCGUCGCAGAUGUUCAGCCUCGCUGCCACACUGUACGCCUCCUACCGUGUCUACUGGUACACUGCAGCCGUGUUCAUGGAUAGGUCCUACGAAUUUAGUUUCAAGCCUGUGGACGAGGAGUGGCAGUUGGAAGACAGAAGCAACACUACCCUCUCCGUGGACACUGACUGCGUGCAGCUGUUGAUGAACGCCCUGGACAACCCCACGUGUCCACUGGAUGACCUGCCAGUGGAAGCCGUUAGCCAGCGCUUGCAGUGCCGUGCGCAGCUGUGGGACGACAUGGUGCAGCGGUCGCCCCACAUACCCGUCACCAGCUACCUGGCCUACACGCAGAGGGUAAACGUCAACCUCUGUCUGCUGGCCUGGAUGGCUGUCAACUCGUUUGGCAUUUGUCAGGACGUCCCGUUUAGUAUCAUGCAAUCAGUGCACGAUGCUCGCUGCUACUUCGAUAGUCCUGACGAUCAAUCGUGUCUGCAAUCGAACGCUACAGAUGCCAUCUGCUCUGUUUCCAGAGCUGUUCUGUUGCUGAAGUGUCACGACUUUUUCUUCUUUAAGCCUUCCAAUAGUUGUCGGGUCCUUUUUUAUCUAUUUAGAGACGUCCCAUUGACGUAUUCUAUGCUAACAGAACAAUCACUGGCCUACAAAGCCACUUUGAACAACGCCACCUUGAGAUACAAGGAUUUUAAAAUUGACAGUUUAAAGUAUUUAGAAAUCUCACUUAUAGUGAUAAACAUCAUUUUCCGCUUUUCGACUGCCGGAGUGUACAUGUACCUUCCCCAGUUACGUAACCUGCCUGGAAAGAUAUUCUUGUCGUUUCAGAUCACUGGCAUAAUCCAGGUCCUGUGUUCUGAGGUCGUGUACCGUAUGGCAGGCGUCCCUGACUUACCUACAGCAGUGCUGAUAGACGGCGCCCUCACACUUCUCAGCUGUAUCUGGCUGAACAUAUUCUGCUACGAGAUGUACGCCUGUGUUCGUCAUCUCAGGCUUCCUAACGACAUACUACCUGCCGAACUAAGCCAGUUAUUCUGCCGUCAAGUUCUGUUGGCGUUAAUACCGUGGAGUACAGUAUGUGUGGCAGCUGUUGCUUUGGAAAAGACCAGUAGAUACUACCUGAUCCACAGUCGUAUAGUAGUCCUCGUGGGGAUUUCAAUGUCAGUCACUUUCAACUUGGUUUGUCUCGGACUGGUCGGAUACAUGUACCUACGUACUCGGUAUUUCAUGCGGCGACUCAAAAUUGUUGGUAACAAUAAAUUUGCCUCAAAGAAGCAAUGUCUUUUUAUGUCAGUUAAGGCCGUUAUCUUAAGCGGACUAGGCAUUAUAAUUAGGAUCGGGUUCCACCAGGCUCAGGGGGUGGCGCAGUUUGUGUACUACGUACACCUGGGUACGAUGGUGCAGGGACCGGUGCUGUUCGUCUGCUUCAUCUGCAACGGAACGACGCUCCCCGCGCUGAAGGACAGGAUACUCGCGUGGUGGAGCCCGACCAGCGUCCCUGCAGGGCAGGAGCUGUGCUCCGCAGCUGAGAGGAACCUGGCCAGGAGGAACAAUGAACAGCCCGUGGUUACAGAAUCCUCGCUGUAGCACUAAGGCCAGCAGUGAAAAUGGAAUCUACCUGAUAUGACGACAUUAAAUGUGAUAUUGUACAGCCAGUAUUUCUCUUUCCUACUGUCUACUUCAUUUAUAACUGUGGGCUUGCUUGUAAAUGGUAGCCUCUGUCUACAUAUUCUAAUGCUCUGAGGGCACUUACUAAAACGCAUUGUGUACCCUAACACACACACACACACACACACACACACACACACACACACACACACACACACAUACAUAC